AUGGUCUUGGUGUUACCAUCCAAGUUCUCAGCCCCAGGAGGGCAGACUGACGGCCUGGAUGAUGAUAUGGCCGAGGAACAGCUUGGUCAGAGGCCUAAAACAAAGGAGGAACUGUUGGCCGUAGCAUUUCACGAGGUCAUACCUAGAAGUGAGUCGAACAAAUAUCGACACCUCAAACCGUUAUACAUCUUGGCUCAUGUUGAAGGGGUACCCGUGUCUAAAGUUUUCGUCGACUGUGGGGCGACGGUCAACAUCCUUCCGUAUUCCUUGAUGAGGAAGCUGGAUAAAUCAAAGGAGGACCUCAUACCCAGCGACGUCGUCAUGAGCAGCUUCGUCGGUGACAAGUCUAAAACUAUUGGCGUGUUGCCGUUAAAAAUUACCGUGGCCGAUCAGACGCGGGUCGCGGCUUUCUACGUGGUCGAGUCUAGCGUCGACUACAACAUAUUGCUCGGCCGCGACUGGAUCCACCAGUCCGGAAGUUUGGUCGAGCACGAAUUGAGGAUCAAGGAGGGGUUCAAACCUUUCCAGCAGCCUCCGAGGCGUUUCUCGACCGAGGUACAGCUCAGGGUCAAGGAGGAAAUUGAACGGCUCCUUAAAGCCGGCUUCAUCCGAACAGCCCGGUACGUUGAGUGGCUAGCCAACAUUGUACCAGUUUUAAAGAGGACUGGGGCUUUGAGGGUUUGCACUGAUUACCGAAAUCUAAACCUCGCGACUCCCAAAGACGAAUAUCCCAUGCCUAUGUCAGACCACCUGGUGGACGGGGCCGCGAAGCACAAGCUCCUGUCUUUCAUGGACGGCCAUGCGAGUUACAAUCAGAUUUUUGUGGCCGAGGAGGAUGUUCACAAAACAGCGUUCAGAUGUCCGGGAGCAAUCGGAACCUAUGAGUGGGUGGUCAUGCCGUUCGGCCUGAAAAAUGCCGGCGCGACAUACCAGCGAGCUAUGAACCUGAUUUUCCACGACCUUAUAGGCCGGACUGUUGAGGUCUACAUCGACGAUGUGGUUGUAAAAUCCCCAUCUAAGGACGACAACGUCAAACAUCUACGGCAAGCUUUUGACCGAAUGCGAGCACAUGGCCUAAAGAUGAACCCAAAGAAAUGUGCUUUCGGCGUCACCGCCGGGAAUUUCCUCGGUUUCUUGGUUCACCAGCGAGGGAUCGAGGUGGAUAAAAAUAAGGCCACGGCCAUUAUGGCGGCACCUCCACCAAGAACCAAGAAGGAGCUUCAGUCCUUCCUCGGCAAGGUCAACUUUUUAAGACGGUUCAUAUCCAAUCUGGCAGGGAAAAUCAGGCCACUGUCCCCCUUGCUCAAACUGAAAGACACGGAACGAUUCAACAACGAAUCUGGGCGCGAGCAAGCAGUGCACUAUCUAAGCCGCACCCUCAACACUGCCGAAUUAUACUAUUCGCCGAUCGAAAAGUUAUGCCUCGCGCUUUAUUUCGCGGCCACCAAGUUGCGGCAUUAUAUGCUACCUUCGGUCGUUCAAAUCAUCUCCAAGACCGAUCUCAUCAAAUAUAUGCUUACUUGGCCGAUCAUACGCGGCCGAAUUGGGAAGUGGACGAUGGCGCUGUCCGAAUUCACCUUUCAAUACGUAGCUCAGAAAUCGGUCAAGGGUCAGGCAUUGGCCGAUUUCCUAGCUCAUCACCCGGCCCAGGGGCAAGAGGAGGAGUUGGAGGUCGAGAUCGGUAUGGCCCACAUGGAAAAGAAUUAUUGGACCAUGCACUUCGACGGCUCCAGUACCGAGGCCAGGUCAGGAGCCGGAGUUGUGAUUGAAUCUCCCCAAGGGCAAAAAUGGCAGUUCGCAUUCCAACUCGACUUCAGAUGCACUAAUAAUCAGGCCGAGUACGAAGCGCUCAUCAUCGAUCUCGAGAUUUUGAAGGAAAUGAAGGCAACCUGUGUUUUGGUCCACGGUGAUUUUCAGCUGGUGAUUAACCAACUGACUGGGGAAUACCAAUGCACGAGCGAGAAUUUGGCCAUGUAUUAUGUGACGGCCCUCAACACGGCCGAUGGAUUCUCUAGAAUUUCCUUUGUUCAUGUACCGCGCGCCGAAAACGGCGAGGCCAACGAGAUGGCCCAGGCACAAAAGCAAAUCGCGGCGAGGGUGUAUAACAAAAGAGUUAAGCAAAAGGCUUUCGCCGAAGGCGACCUAGUAUGGCGAGCCGUGCUUCCUAUUGGGACAAAAGACCCUCGGUUCGGCAAAUUCUCGCCCAAUUGGGAAGGGCCGUUCAUUAUCGAACGAAUUCUCGGCCGAGGUGCAUUUCAAUUAAAAGAUAGAGAUGGGGAAUGGCACAACUUGCCGAUCAACGGCCAGUAUUUGAAGCGAUAUACCCCGUCAUUGUGGGAGACGGCCGUAAAAAAGUUAUGA